AUGGAUGAUAAAACAACAACAGGUAGUCCUUAUGACAUGGACUCAACGACCUUCGACUCGGAGAAGUAUUUGGAAAAGCUGCUGAAGGAUUAUUCGCUGAAACAGAUAAUGGACACUGAGGCAGCUGUUGUAAAAGAUACACAGACUUUACACUCAGAUAUGCAAACGUUGGUCUAUGAAAACUACAAUAAAUUCAUCUCGGCAACCGAUACUAUACGCAGAAUGAAGAAUGACUUCAAACAGAUGGAAACCGAUAUGAACUUGUUGAAAGAGAAGAUGGGUACAAUCACCAAUUUUAGUGAACAGAUAACGGGAACACUUCAAGGUACAAGAUCACAGCUGUGUAAACUUUCGGAAAAGCACUCGUUGCUGAAACGCUUGCAGUUCCUAUCAUCCUUGCCGGCCAAAUUGAAGGGACACAUAGAGGAGCAAAACUAUGUGCAAUGUGUACAAGACUACUUGCAUGCAAAGAAGGUUUUUGAACAAUAUGGGCAACAGCCAUCGUUUGAUGGCAUAAGAAAAGACUGCGACAUAAUAAUGACAGAUCUAAAGCAGCAGCUAAGAUCGGAGUUUUAUAUAACGGGAAAGACGGCAGAAACCUUAACAAAAAUUGGGGAGCUACUGCUACAACUGGGUGAUAGGCCGUCUGAUCUGGCAUCGGGUAUGUUAGUUUGUGCUUCAAAGCGACUGCACGAGCAUAUUGUUAUGCUUCAAGAUCAAACCGAACGUGAUAUGAUCGAAUUCGUUGACUUGGGCAUCGAUGGUUUCCUCAGCGAUCUAACAUUGGUAGUUACGGCCUAUUACGACAUGUUCGUAGCGAAGCACUAUGAUAAGGAAAGGGAUGAUUUCCAGGAAUUUACGUUAAAAGAGCUGAACGUAUUUUUGAACGACAACAUAGAUAAGUAUAUGACGCUCGUCCAGGACCGAGUUGAAUCGGACAUAGGUCUCGGCGACACACACAUUAUGCUCAGAGCAUUGGAUCGUCUACAUCGACGGUUACUAGCUAUGCGCAAUAUUUGCUGUGGUCUCGAAAUCCAAAGAAAUACCAUAGAUAUUAUUAUAUCGGCGGCACAUCAGUUAAUUCAGACACAUUCCAAGAACCUUAGAGACCAUUUUGCCGAUAGUUUGAGUUCUGUUCGCCUUUCGCUGGUUUCCACGAAGAGCGACGCCAUAGUAUCGGGUGCACAUCUAAAUGAUCUUAUAACCAGUCUCUAUGUAACGCUCAUGGAAAAAGUGCGAGGCGUUCUACAGGAUCUAUUAGUUUUUCUUCAAACUGAUUGGUCUUUCAACAUAAAAUGUGACUAUAAAGGAGCUCUUUGCGUCGAAGGUAUACGCGAAAACCUCUUGGUUGGGUUUCUGCGUCACAUUUCAAGAGUAAUAAAUAGUUUUGGCGACUCAUCCACAUCUAGUCCGCCCAACUUGUUGUUAGUGCUGUCAAAAACGUGUUUGGAAAUGGAACAAAAUGGCAUACAUGUACUAGUCAGCCUAGUGGAUGAUUUGUACGAAAUAGAUUCUGAGAAUAGCACUACACUAACACAUGAAACGGAGAUUUGCGCUGAAAUGAGAGAAACCGCUCAGAAUCUACUUGAUAAUUAUGUCCGUUUACAGGGCCUGAAUAUUUCACAAAUGUUACGCAAAAGCGUCGAGACACGCGAUUGGCUCAACUGUCUUGAGCCGAGAACAGUGCGGGCUGUGAUGAAAAGAGUUGUCGAGGAAAUGUCAUCGAUAGAGACCGUUGUAGCCAGUUUGUAUGAACAACAGCCGCAACAGCACGAACGCACAACAGCCAGCAGUGACUCAAGUCGUAAGACCCAUUUUAGUAACAUGACUGGCUCGAAACAGCAAUUCCGUUCCAAUUGGUCCAACUACACUCCAUCGCAACUAGAAUCCUCCUAUGUUUCCAAUAUUCACAGGCUGUUUUCAGAAAAGAUAGAAAUUUUCACAUCAGUGGAAUUUUCAAAGGUCUCAAUAGUUACAGGCAUAAUUAAAAUUGGCUUAAAGACUUUUCUAGAAUGCGUUCGAGUGCGUACUUUCAGCAAAUUUGGUUUACAACAGAUCCAGGUUGAUACCCAUUAUUUACAGAUGAAUUUAUGGCGGUUCGUCAAGGACGAGAAUUUGAUCAAUUAUUUAUUGGAUGAAAUUUUGGGUUCGGCCGUCCACAGAUGCCUGGAAUCUACUCUAAUGGAACCGAAUGCCGUUGAAAUUAUAUGUGAAAGGGGCUAG